UUUCUUCCUUUUUUUUAAAAUUCAUUUUUUGUAAUUUAUUUUAUAUUUUAAAUGAUUUUUAAAAUCAGUAACUUUAGUUAUAUUGUUACAUCAUAAUUGAUACUGAAAGACAUUUGGUUGAAUUUAGUAUCAGUCUGGGGACAAUUUUGCACACAUGUACAAUGUACUAUAACCAUGUUUUGAGAAUUAGGCUCUGUCGGCCUACCUCUCUGAGGACCAGAACUCUGUUCAUUGGAAUAGUCUGGACCUUGCACGAUGUUCUUCCUCCCUCGACUCAUUUUUGUCUGUAAUUUAAUUUGUGCUACGAGUCAUCUGGAAGUAGCUUUUAAUGAAUUUUUUGGGUUUUUCUACUGAGUUCACAAACUUCAAGGUAGGCUCGGGGCUCCCAAGUUUGCAAAGUGUCUUGGAGGUGGGUAGCCCUGGGAGGUGGGAUUUCCUAGGACGAUCUGACUCUCUGUAAAGUAGCUAAGGCAGAGGAGGAUAGAGCUUGAGGAACCUUGAUCUCUUGGCUGCUGAUUUUCAAAGCUCUUGAUUAAGCCUCUGUUUCAGACUUUCAGAGACCUGGGGGAAUCUCGAUCUGUCUGUCUGUCUGUCUGUCUGUCUGUCUGUCUGUUAGUUCAUCCAUUCAUCUGUCCAUCCAUCCAUCCAUCCAUCCAUCCAUGAAUGAAACACAGAACAGCCUCUGAGUUUACAUGAAUUUUAUCUGGUCUUGAAUCUUUAUAAUAAAAUGGUCAAGUCUUAGAAGCUUCCCAUCCAAGAACUUGUCAUGAGGGGAGAGAACUAUGAUCGAAGAGCUUACCACUGUAUCUCAGUGGGAAUGAGAAUGCCUUCUUUAGGGAACUCAUUCAUCCCUUUACCAAAUAAUGUUGAACCACCUGGAAAAAAGCAGGCUCCAAGACUAAGGAGAGCAUUAGGGCUGGACAGCCUCAGGGCGGGACAGGGCAGUAUGUAGAAAGGAGUAGCAAUUCUAUGUACACGGUAGAACUUGUCAGGAGCAGAAGAUAGAAAGAUGCACAUGGCGCUUCUUCCAAUUCAGUGUCCAGGAGGUGGUAGGCUGUUUAUGUUUGGAAGAAAGGAUGGAGCUGGUCCUGGGGUCAGGAUUGGUGAAGCAGAUUUUCCUUUCCAGAGACCAUGUCUUGUGUAUAUUGCUUUACCAACCUGUUACUCAAUAUGUAUUCCAAGAUGGCUUCUGGCUCAAGGCAAUGUCCUGCCUCCUCCUCCAGUGUAAGGCUGCUUUUACAUUCACGGUUGUUCAUUACUUGCUUCCAAAAGCUGAGCCUUGUCUUCUGCCUGUCAUGUGAGGAAAUGUAGUCUGUUGCAUUACGUCUUGGACACUACCUCUCAAAGUCAAGGGUGCUGGUAGGCCCCUGUGCGGGAGCUCCAGGGGUUGAGGGCUCCGUCUUAGGAUGAGAUGUGGAAAAAGCUCUGUAGGCUGAUGCUAAAGAAGCAGAACCUCACUGAAGUCUGCUGGGGUUGUUUAAGUACCACACCCCGGCUGGGUGUCGUCUACCUCUGUCUUUCAUGGGUCUGAGAGCUAGACAUGCCAAGAUCAGGAGGCUUCAUAGUCAGGUUCUGGGAAGGCUUCAUGUUUUCUCAGUCAUGGUAGAAAGAAUGAGGGAUGAACAGAAUUUUUGGAGCCCGAGGGGGGGGGGUCUCCUGACCCUGCUUUUUAAAAUAAGACCAUUAAUUCAAUUCAGGAGAGCUCGGUUCUCAAGGCUUGAUCACGUCCCCAAACACUCCACUUCCUAAUACCACCAUACCGUUGCUUAGAUUUCAAGAUAUGAAUGAGAAGGGUGGGGGACACUCAGAUUCAUUUAUUUACUGAUCUUUUAAGAUAAUAAUUAAUAAUAAAGAAACAAACAAAUCAGAAUAUUUGAUCCUAGCACUCGGAAGGCCUAGACAGACAGAUCUCUGAGUUCGGGGCCAGCCUAGUCUACAGAGUGAACUCCAGGACAGGCAGAGCUGUAAAGUGACCCCAUCUUGAAAACAACAACAACAACAACAACGAAAACCCAAAACCAAGAGUCUGUUUGGGCUGGAGAGAUGGCUCAGCAGUUAAGAGACUGCUGUUUCAGUCAAGUCCCAGCACCCACAUGGCAGCUGACAGCUGUCUGUAAUUGCAGUUCCGGAAGAUCUGAUGCCCCCAACACAGACAUAAAUGCGGGCAGAACACCAAAGCACAUGACGUAAAAGUAAACGAAGGAGAUUGCCAUACGAGGUAAGGGGUUUUACCAGGGCAUUUUCACACCAGCGUGUCCCGGAGUGUUAUAUGCAAGCUCUCAAGGGUAGCUAUUGAUUUGGUCCUGAAAACUCUCUUGAAGGAAAGCCAAGUAUUCACGUAUCUGCUGGUCUUUAGGGGGGGAAACCCCCGUAUAUUUGUUUAUUCAUGUGUGUGUUCGUUUGGGUGUGUGGGGACGGCAGAGGUGGAGUCCAUCCUCCCUCUUCAUCAUGUGGACUCUGGUGAUCUCGUUCGGGUCUUCAGGCUUGACGUUGAGUACCUUCGCCAUCUUGCUUGCCCAACUGCUGUUGAGCCAGAGGACUUAGAAAGCAAUUUUGUUGGUGCUACACAGGUUGCAAGGUAAUGAGCUGGAGUUCAAGUCCAGGUCUUUGACUGCAAAUUGAUCGUCUAGUCCAGAGCGUCCGUGUUGCCUCCGCUGGCAGCCACCUGUCUCGUCAAGGUUUGGUCAGGCUAGAAAUAGAUCUAAGGAUGGAAAGAGGGGAUGGGCUUGGAGGAACCACAAGUAUUUGUUGCUAAGGAGCAAAAAAGAGGAAGAAAGCAAGAGGCCUGGCUUCUGGAUAUGGCCUUGAAGUAAAGUGUUCUGGGGGAGCAGGGGUGCUGGGUACCACUGACUCUAUCCCUCCUUGGAGUUCAAAGGGAUCUUUGCUGCCUGCUGUCCUACAGGAUGAAUCCAGCUGUGGAAGCUAGGGAGUAACACAAAUGGUUUCACAUCCUUUGGUGGAGGGCGGUGAAAGGAGGAACAGUGUUUGCAUACGCUGAACAUUUGAAAUCAUAGACUUCCUGGGCUGAUUAGAUUAUUUCCGAGCAAAUCUCAAUUUUAUGUCUCUUCCUUAAUCGCCCCAUACCACUCUUCCCUUUCAACAUUAGCUCCCACUUCCUCAGGGUCCUUCUUCUCAGCCCACCCUACCCCCAAGUUCUUUCAAAUUUCUGUUUCCACGGUGCGUGUUGGUAAGGGGCCGUCUUGAAUAAUCGCCAGUGGUUUUUCUCCACACUGCUGGUGCCACUGAGGAUUCAGCACCAGGCUGAGGAGGACCAAGGGCUGAGAUUUUGCAGCUGGUUUUGUGAGUCACUAUGCACUCUGAGAGAGCACCCACCCACUGGAGGCAGCUUAGCUUGUGGGAACCCAACUGGAGGGACUGAGGCUUUCUCAGUGGCCUUGUCAGUGUGCACAGCAGAAGUGAACAGCCUUGAGUUGAGGAAAUUGUGGCUGGACAGGCAGGGAGGUAGUUCUGCUGUGUCCUGCUGGCUGUUAGCUGCAGAGUCUAGAUAUCAGAGCACCUGGAGGAGACAGGGGCCCCUUAGCCUGCUCUGUUGUGUGGGGAUGUUGCAGCAAACUGUCCUGUUGUCACUCUUCCUGCUCCUCAGAGCUCAUCAGGGCCAAGAUUGUGCAGAUUCUUCUGAAGAAGUGCUUGGAGUCUCAGGAAAGCCUGUCCAGCUGCGGCCUUCCAACAUACAAACAAAAAAUGUUUUUAUUGAAUGGAAGAAGAAGACAGGACAUCAACAGACUCCCCAGAUCAUGACUUGGGAUACUACGGAAAACAAAAGCUUUAAUAUGUGUUGUAGUGAUAUCUAUGGUUUUGAGUCUUAGAAUUUUGCUCUUAGUAUCAAGUCAGCUAAGCUAAAUGACAGUGGUCACUACGUGCUGGAGAUCACCAACAGCCAAAGAGGAAUAGUGUGCACUAAAAACUUCCAGAUGCUUAUAUUUGAUCCUGUUGAGACACCUCACCUGAUUGUCCAGGGGAAGCUCUGGGCUAACGGGACUUGUCAACUGUCUUUGUCCUGCUUUGUGCCCAAGGAUGACAAUGUGAGCUAUGCUUUGUACAGAGGGAGCAUGCUGAUCUCGAAUCAAAGGAAUGGCACCCACUGGGAGAACCAGACUGAUGCCAGCAGCCUGCACACAUAUACCUGCAAUGUUAGCAACAAGGCCAGCUGGGCAAACCACACCCUGACCUCCCCCCAGAGCUGUCAGAGUGUCCCUUCGAGUGAGGUGAGUAAACAGCGCCAGUCUUCUGGAAUUUAUAAGCUGGACCAGUCCAUCACCCAAUUGAGGAGGAUCGAUAAGGGUGAUGGACCCCUAAGAUGUGAGGAGACAGGCCGCAUGAGAGAGAUAGUUCAAUCCCUUGGGAUAGUUCCUGAAGCUAAUGAAGGGGCAGUGGGCGCUCAGUCUUCUCACCUUCUGUGUCCCUCAGAAUUCAAUUAUCUGCCCUUUGUGGUAUCCAUCGGUAUCCUCGUCAAAUUUUUUCAUGGGGCCAUCGAUUGCUUCUGUGUGUGGAAUAGGAAGAGAAAGCAGUCACAGUCCAUCGCUAAGGAAUCUUUGACCAUAUAUGAAUACGUCAAGAACGCACAAGUCAGCAGGGACCAACGAGGACAUUUUAGGGCCUCUGGAUCUUCCUCAGAUGUUCGGGGAGAUGAGAGGGGACAAAGAGAAUCGGACAGACGUCUUUUCCAGGUGAUCUUUAGAUAUCUUCCAUCUCUUUUCUCCACCAGUUUCCUGGCUCUGUCCAAAGAGGAAAAGGAGAAAAGAAACAGAGCAGAGAAAAUGGAAAUGAGGCAGAAGGGGCAUCAUGGUGCUGUACUUAAUCUGCCCAGGGGUAGAACUCAGUAGAAAUCAAUAGCAAAGGGCAGAAUAUGUCUACUACUGUCUUCCCAGAUGGCAGAGUAGGCUGGAAGGAAGCUCUUGGUCUCUCAGAACACUAGGACACAAGAGGAUGGGCCCUGGUGCUCCAUUAUCCGCUCCAAAUCCCUGGUGCUCCAUCACCUGUACCAUCUCCCUGGUGCUCCAUCACCUCCUCCAUCUCCCUGGUGCUCCAUCAUCUGCUCCAUCUCCCUGGUGCUCCAUCACCUGCUCCAUCUCCCUGGUGCUCCAUCACCUGCUCCAUCUCCCUGGUGCUUCAUCACCUGCUCCAUCUCCCUGGUGCUCCAUCACCUGCUCCAUCUCCCUGGUGCUCCAUCACCUGCUCCAUCUCCCUGGUGCUCCAUCACCUGCUCCAUCUCCCUGGUGCUCCAUCACCUGUACCAUCUCCCUGGUGCUCCAUCACCUGUACCAUCUCCCUGGUGCUCCAUCUCUCUAGUGCUCCAUCUCCCUGGUGCUCCAUCACCUGUACCAUCUCCCUGGUGCUCCAUCACCUCCUCCAUCUCCCUGGUCCUCCAUCACCUGCUCCAUCUCCCUGGUCCUCCAUCACCUCCUCCAUCUCCCUGGUGCUCCAUCACCUGCUCCAACUCCCUGGUGCUCCAUCACCUGCUCCAUCUCCCUGGUGCUCCAUCACCUGCUCCAUCUCCCUGGUCCUUCAUCACUUGCUCCAUCUCCCUGGUGCUCCAUCACCUGCUCCAUCUCCCUGGUCCUCCAUCACUUGCUCCAUCUCCCUGGUGCUCCAUCACCUGCUCCAUCUCCCUGGUGCUCCAUCACCUGUAUCAUCUCCCUGGUCCUCCAUCACCUGCUCCGUCUCCCUGGUGCUCCAUCACCUGCUCCGUCUCCCUGGUGCUCCGUCUCCCUGGUGCUCCAUUCCCUGCGCCAUCUCUCCUGCCCCCGUGUCUUUCCAUCAUUUCCUGAGCAUCACUGCUACUUCCCCUCAGUGGAAUGGAUCCCUUCCUCCUAGGUGCUGUUUCAUGCUUGUGCACAGGGUUGUCUUAGUGCCAUAGCAUGGCUGUUGCAUUGUUUACAUGGCUCCUUUGACAGUUCCAGGAAACUUUUAUGAGGUUGUACUUGUUAAGCCAAUAUUUUCUCUAUGUAUUUACAUAGUUCCAUAAUUUCUAACAAAAGAGAUUGAAUUACAUCUGGGUCUAAGACCAGUGUUCCAAUGAAAUGCAUACUCCCUGUAACACUAGACUUAGCACUUUCCCAUCUCUAAUGAGGGUUUAGGUUCAUCUGGUGGCAUAUUGCAACUUGUGUCUCAUCCUGCACA